CGCCGCCCGGCGUGGCUUCGCUUCGCAGGGCAUGUGAGGGCUCGUUCCGGCAGCCUACAACCCCCGGCAUGCCUCGCGCGGGCUCGGGCAAGCGUUUCCGGUUGGAGCAGCCGGCCGGUCGUAAACAUCCAGACUCUGCCUGGAGCCCGGAGUGGGGCCUCGCGGAGCCGAGCGCCCCCGGCGCCAUGUCCCUCUCGGAGUGCUACAUCGCGGUCAAGCUGGCCGACCAGCCCCUGGCCCCGAAAUCCAUCCUGCGGCUGCCGGAAAGCGAGCUGGGCGAGUGCCCGCUGGGGGGCUGCAGCAUCUCCUACCUGAAACAGCUCAUCACGGGGAAGUUGCAGGAGUCGGUCCCGGACCCGGAGUUCAUUGAUCUGAUCUACUGUGGCCGUAAACUGCGGGAUGAACAAACGCUUGAAUUCUAUGGCAUUCAGUCUGGCUCCACCAUCCACGUCCUCCGAAAGUCCUGGCCUGAGCCGGAACAAAAACCAGAGCCAGUGGAUAAAGUGGCUGCUGUGCGGGAGUUCCGCGUCUUACACACUGCUUUGCACAGCAGUCCUGUCUUCAGAGAUUCGGUCUUCAAGAUGCUAGGAAAUAAGGAAUCUCUGGAUCAGAUCAUUGUUGCUACCCCUGGCCUCAGCAGUGAUCCAAUUGCUUUGGGUGUCCUGCAAGAUAAAGACCUGUUCUCUGUUUUUGCUGACCCAGCCAUGUUGGACACACUCAUCCCGACCCAUCCUGCGUUAGUGAAUGCCAUCGUCCUGGUCCUUCAUUCUGUGGCAGGUAGCGCACCUUUGCCCACCGCAGAGACCUCCUCUCGUAGCAUGCCGUCCAGCUCAUACCGGGACAUGCCGGGAGGCUUCCUUUUCGAAGGUCUCUCUGAUGAUGAAGACGACUUCCAUCAGAGCGCAAGGACCACCCCAUCCAGCAGCACCUCUGGAUCCCGGCCAGCAUCUCUUGGCUACACUGGGGCAGCGGGGCCUCGACCCAUCACUCAGAGUGAGUUGGCCACUGCCCUUGCCCUGGCCAGCACCCCAGAGAGCAGCUCACACACCCCAACGCCUGGAACUCAGGGCCAUUCUUCCGGCACUUCUCCCAUGUCCUCCAGCGUGCAGUCGGGAACGCCCAUCACCAAUGACCUCUUCAGCCAGGCCUUACAGCACGCCCUCCAGGCAUCAGGACAGCCCAACCUGCAGAGCCAGUGGCAGCCCCAGCUGCAGCAGCUGCGGGACAUGGGCAUCCACGACGACGAGCUGAGCCUCCGUGCCCUGCAGGCCACCGGGGGUGACAUUCAAGCCGCCCUGGAGCUCAUAUUCGCAGGAGGCGCUCCCUAGCGUCUCCAAGGCCUCGAAUCCCCAGGAGGCAGCGGCGUGCGUCUGACCUCCGCACCGCAAAGCCAGCCCUUCAAUGCGCCUUGCCUCCCCAUUCCACGGUGUGCUCUUCUCUCCUCGUAUUGCAGAGUCCAGAACAUUUUGUACAUCUCCUCCGGGCGAGGAGCUCCCAACAUCAGAAACAGGAGCUCCCAACAUCAGAGUGCCAUUUAUCAAAAAGGCUGCCUUAAGAGAGAAACGUUCCGGGACCAGAAGCUCGUUGCCUGCUCUGGAAAUGACUCAGCUCUGCCCAGUCCAAAAUGGCUACUUGAUAAUCUCCGAGAAUAUCCUCAUUUCUAUCUCCUGCUUAGGGUGGUUUUAUUCCUGUCCCAGCCAAGAUCCUGUGUGGUUUGUUGGACUCUUAACCCAUCUCAAUAAAUCUGGUUCCCCCCA